UAUUAUCUAUGACGGUUAUCUUGUCUAUGGUGACUAUGGUUCACGUUUUGUUCGUACGUUUAUUUUAGCAUUAAUAUUGACGUUGACAGUUUUACUUUAAGUAAAAAUAAUAUAAAUCAAAGGAAAUACAGCAUGGCCCCACGUUAUGAUAUAGCUGUAGGACUGCAAAGAGGUCGUAAAACCACGAAGAUCCCUUCAGGAAAAACAAAGGCCGAUAAGGUUCGACCUGCAAGGUUGAAGGGGAUCCAAACAAAGCAUACCAAGUUCGUUCGAGAUCUUAUUAGAGAAGUAUGUGGUCACGCUCCGUAUGAAAAAAGAGCAAUGGAGUUACUUAAAGUAUCCAAAGACAAGCGGGCUCUUAAGUUUUUGAAACGUCGGUUAGGUACACAUAUCCGUGCCAAGAGGAAGAGAGAAGAGCUGUCUAACAUCUUGACACAAAUGCGUAAAGCACAGGCUACCCACAAAUAAUUUUGUAUAAAGAACUAAACUUGUUUAAUAAAAGAGUUCUAAGAACA